AUGGAUUCUUCGAACUCCCCAAACGCCACCCAGGCCAACUACUCGCCGUCCCCUUCCUCCGUCGAUAGACAUCUCACUCCCGUCCCCGCCACUCCGACUGCGAACCCCCCUACCACCACAGCCGACAGCGGUGACAGCAACACCAGCAGCAGCAGCACAUCAUCCAACCUCGCCCCAAGCUCAUCCUCGAGCGAACACCCCAGCAGUCCAUCCGACUUCCUCAUCUACUCCGACCCAGUCGACUACUUGGACAACCCCUUGUACACAACCGCCUCCACAUCCACCCCCACCCCGCCCUCCCACCACCGCCGCAACGCCUUCACCAGCGCCACAACCCCCUCCGGCACGGUCCCCGUCCUUCUGCGCCACCAGCGCUCCAACACCCCCUCCCCACCACCCUCGCGUACCCGGCCCCAGUCAGACCCCUGGACGACCAUUCCGAUGACCCUCCCCGACCACAACAUCGCGGCCAACCCCUCCACCCUGCCCUCCACGCCCGCCAACCAGGCCCGUCCCCGCGCCAUCGAGCCCCCUACACGCGCCCGCGCCUGGGAGUUACGCCAUGGCACCGGCCACGCUCUCGGCACGACUCAGGAUGCCCACACUGAUGCAACCCCCACCACCAGCUCCGCCACUGCUACUGCUACCGAGACGCAGAACACCGCUCGCCCACCACGAACUUUAAGUCCGCCCGCGACAAGAGUAUUUCAAUGUCGGCUCUGCGGGCGUUUCUUCAGCACCGACGCCGCCUUCGAAUUGCACUUUCGCGUCGCGCACGCUGAGGCGGUGGCGGCGGGGCGUGUGUUGGAGGGGGAAGAGGGAAAGGAGGAGGUGGAAGGGAUGAAUGGAGAUGGAGAUGGCGAUGGGGAUGGUGAUGAUGCGACGGGUGAUGGUGAUGACGAAGGGCAGGGCGAGAGCGAGGGCGAGGGUGAGGGAGAGGAGGGAACCGAGGAAGGUGAGAUGGUGCAGCAGAAGCGCAAGCGUCGUGGUUCGAGCGGAAUUGGUGGUAGUAGCAGUAACAGCAGCGGUGGCGAGGUGUAG